AUCUCAAAACGGCAAGCAUACCAGUAGUCCUCCUCACUCAUAAGUGGUAACAGCCCAGAAGGUAGAACAGGGAAUGGAAGAGAUGAAUGGCAGUGGCCGAGGAGUGACGAGUCAGGGCAGUUAGUUGGAUGGAUAGAAACUGCCAGUGCCUGAUUUGAAGACAGAACAGAGAAACGGACAAGUCAGACAACAUCCAACACUCACAUUGAGAGUUCAGACAAGUGGUGCAGCACAAAGAAAGUGAUCAGUGAAAGAGGCGAGAGGCGAGAGAGGUGGGAUUUCCGUGAGUUCGGGUCCUUGUGACAGUUCGGCCCUUCAUAGGGUGUUUUUCAUUGACAAACUUAAUUAUUAGCACAUCGUUGGAUUGGGAGGUCGAUUUUCAGUGGGCCCUCUGCGCUCCUGAUAAGACCCGAUUUGAAGUCCCAUCAUUGACGAUCCAAGCCAAGCUAAAGUCGCCAAAAUGGCGACCACUGACUUCCGAAUGAUGAACGCGGCCAAUGGCAGCAAUAUUUAUGGGACAACCAAUGGCAAUGCGGCCAGUCUGAGCAUGCAAUGGAAUCCCAAGCAUCUCGAGAUCAAGACCAGAUCCGUGGAGAAGACCCUGGAACCCUUGGUUAUGCAGGUCACCACCUUGGUCUCCUCCAAAAGCCCGCAAAAGAAGAAGGGCAAGUCCAAGCGGGCGGAUGUGCUGGUGGUUGCCGUGGAAAGAGCUACUGCCAACUUUGUGGACCGUGGUCGCCAGAUUGCCCAGGAGAAUCCGGACAUUGAACAGGAGAUGCUUCAAGCCGUGGAAGAGGUUCAGAGUACGGGCAAGCAAAUGUCAGGCGCAGCCCGUGAAUUCGCCAUCGACCCGUGCAGCUCGAAAAAGCGAGGCGAUAUGGUUCGAGCCGCUCGAAAUCUCCUCUCAGCGGUGACUAGACUUUUGAUUUUGGCAGACAUGAUUGACGUUCAUCUUCUGCUCAAGAAACUGAGACGUGUAGAGGAUGACAUUGAGCACCUCAAGUCCGUCAGCUCUCAAGCAGAGCUGAUCGAGGCCAUGAAGAGAUUUGGCGUUUCCGCUAACGAUCUUAUGAAUCAAGCCGCCAAAAGGCAAUACGAACUGAAGGACCCCGCCAUGAGGGAUAAUUUGGCAGCGGCACGAGCGGUACUAAAGAAGCAUUCCAUGAUGCUGCUUACCGCCAGCAAAGCUUACGUGCGACAUCCAGAAUUAGCCGCAGCAAAAUCGAACAGAGACUUUGUUCUUCGCCAGGUAUGUGAGGCGGUUAAUACGAUUUCGGAUGUGGCUCAAGGAAAUACACCCAAAGGUGGACAGGCCUCAUUUGAAGGCCCUGGCGAAUUGGCAGCUGCUUUGGAUGGCUUUGAUGACUGCAUCAUUAUCAACCCUUUGACGUACGACGAAAGCAAAAUCCGACCCUCUUUGGAAGAAAGACUAGAAUCCAUCAUUUCCGGUUCAGCUUUAAUGGCCGACUCAAGUUGUACUCGAGAUGAGCGACGAGAGCGAAUUGUUGCCGAGUGUAACUCAGUUCGACAAGCUCUGCAGGACCUUCUCUCACAAUAUAUGGCCAACGCUGGCAAUCGGCCCACUGACCAAUUGGAAGAAGCCAUUGAAUCCAUGUGCCAAAAGACGAGGGAUCUCAGGCGACAACUUCGGAAAGCUGUCGUGGACCAUGUUUCUGAUAGCUUCUUGGAGCCAGAUGGACCCUUGAUGAUGCUGAUUUCGGCAGCUCAAGACGGUAAAGAGCAAGAGGUGCAAGACUAUGCCAUCGUUUUCAACGACCAUGCAGCCAAAUUGGUUGAGGUGGCCAAACUGGCUUGUUCCAUGUCCGUCAACGAUGACGGGGUGAAAAUGGUUCGAUGUGCUGCGUCGCAAAUUGAGAACCUCUGCCCUCAAGUCAUCAAUGCCGCCCGAGUAUUGGCAGCUAGACCCAGAAGCAAGGUGGCACAAGAGAACAUUGAAGUCUUCCGCGAUGCCUGGAUCAAUCAAGUCCGGAUUCUCACGGAUGCUGUGGACGAUAUCACAACGGUGGAUGAUUUCCUGGCUGUGUCCGAGAAUCAUAUCCUGGAGGAUGUAAACAAAUGCGUUGCUGCUCUUCAAAGCAAGGAUCCGGAUGCCGUUGACAUCACAGCCGGGGCCAUUCGAGGUCGAUCAGGUCGCAUUUGCAACGUGGUGUCCUCGGAAAUGGACAACUACGAGCCUGGACCCUACACGGAGCGAGUGCAUGAAGCCAUCCGACUUCUGAGCAACAAUGUGAUGCCAAAUUUUGCUCGGAAAGUGGAAGGAGCUGUCCAAACCUUGAGUGCCAACCCCCCUGGACCUGUGGACGAGAACGAAUUCAUAGACGCAACAAGAUUAGUAUAUGAUGGAGUUCGAGAGAUCCGUCGAGCUGUUCUAUUGAACCGGGGCAAGGAUGUGGAUAUCGAUUCUGAUACAGAAUGGGAAAAUCCAGAGGUGGCCGAAAGCGAAGUCGCGUCGGUCCGACCUGAUUCCACGACAACAGAGCUCGUGGAUGAAUAUCCUGACAUUUCUGGAAUCACAAACGCCCGUGAAGCUAUGAAAAAGCUCCCAGAAGAAGACCGACAAAAGAUUGUUCAGCAAGUGGACGAGUUCAAGGACGAGAAGAGGAAGUUUGACCUUGAAGUCUCCAAGUGGGACGACAACGGAAAUGAUGUCAUUGUUCUGGCCAAGCAUAUGUGCAUGAUCAUGAUGGAAAUGACGGAUUUCACUCGGGGUCGUGGACCGUUGCAAACCACCAUGGCUGUCAUCGAUGCGGCCAAACGUAUUUCGGAAGCUGGCACGAAGUUGGACAAAUUGAUUCGGCAGAUAUUGGACAUGUGUCCGGAAUCUUCCACCAAGAAAGACUUGAUUGCUUACCUCCAUAGAAUUGCAUUGUAUUGCCAUCAGCUGAACAUCACCUCGAAAGUCAAGGCUGACGUCCAAAAUGUUUCUGGAGAACUGAUCGUGUCCGGUUUAGAUUCAGCCACGUCUUUGAUUCAAGCGGCCAAGAAUCUGAUGAACGCCGUGGUUCUUACCGUCAAGACCUCGUACGUGGCCAGUACUAAAUACGGUCGGCUGAAGGCUGAGCCAGGCAAGACCCAUCCCGUAGUGGUGUGGAAGAUGAAGGUGCCAGAAAAGAAGCCAUUAGUUCGUCGAGAAGCUCCCGAAGAAAUCAAGGCCCAAGUUCGAAGGGGAUCGCAAAAGAGGCCAGCCAACCCAAUCAAGGCCUUGAGCGAGUUUCAAGGACCUGAUGACGCGAUAUAAGAAUUAAGGCCGGAAAUUCGUGUUUGAUCUCUUACCUACAAUUCAGUCUGUACUUAAUGCGUUAUUGUUAGGGCCGUCUAUUUUUGUAAAUAUUUCUCGAGCAGCAUCCAAGGUAUUGGUGCAAAAUAUUUCAUGACAACAAGACCUUUUGCAAUUUCAUGUUCCACAUUUAUUUACAGGCCUCACAAAAUCAUGUUUUGUACAAUGAAUAUUCAAAUUGUUCAUAGAUUAGAAUACCGUUAUUAUCAUUAUCGUCGUUUGAUCGUCCGGAUCAGUCUUCCGCGAGAUUCUUUGACUGCAUUUUUCCAUGGAAAUGACCGGCAGAAACUAUGUGUACCAUACAAUAUAUACUUUGCUAUAGACAAGACCAAAGUCGAAAGUCCUUCAAUAUGAUUUGUUCGAAUAUUAAGAAAAUAAAAACCGAUCCACUCUCAA